AUGCAAGUGUCCACCUUAAUACAUGCAUUGAAACUAUCAUCCUCUCUACAACCAUGGGUCGGCAUUGGCGAUCGUUUACUUCAUACCUUCUUCAGUAAGACUCCAAUGCCUUUGAAUCAAUCAUCGGCUAUUGCGAGUGGAGAAUGGGAAGUGUUGAAUGAUGGGAAAUGUAUACCGGGAUUGGGAAUUGGAUAUUUGAAAGAACGAGUGGUUGCUUGGUAUUCGCUCAAAGGUCAAUUAAGUGGUUUCGGAGUCCAACUUCAUGCUGAAUUAAAACAAAAUCAAGUCGUUCCUGGUUUUUGGAGACAACUCUCCUCCAACCGUUACGAAUUAGACAUUGCCACUCGAGAUCCAUCCAUUGCUUGCAGUGGUUCCUUCGAUUCGAAAGGUGGCGUCUUGGGUGAUCGAGUCCUCGUUGCUCCCUAUGGAAUGAAUACAGAAAUUCCAUUAACCGAUCGUUUGGCAUUGUCUAAAAAUUGGACAUCUGGCGGAUGUAUUUCUGGAAUGGGACGUCAUUGGGGAUACGAUUACUUGUCUCGUCCUCAUUUGAGUGGUCAUGCUGCAACCUUAAUGCCAGUCAUUCCCAUGUAUCAUGAUGGAUUUAUUUCUGCAGUUCUGAUUUUCACACAACAUCCGCAAGAGAUUUAUCCAUUGGGUCAAUGGGAAGGUCCUUUCAUUCCGUGGUUGUUUUGUAAGAAUUUCUGUUCGGAGGAUUGUAUGAAACAUGAGAGUAGUUUGUCAUUGUUUACAACAUUGCAUUUCUUGUUUCAUGAUGCUGCGUUGAAUACGUGUGAGGAUCGAUGUCCAUCAUCGUCUUUGAAGAAAAGAUAA